UGCACUUUGCGCCUUGUGGUCGAGCCCCGCGGGGCCGGGAGCUUGCUGGUAUGGGCGCCUCUCUCCAGCAAGAGAGUGUGGGGCCAGGGGAGGGCAGCGGAGGGCAGCGGGGCUGCUGGGUGGGCAGCACCCUCAAGAGGGGAAGGCGGGGCCGGUGCUAAGUUCUGGGGGGCAGUCUCUGCUACUUUGGCCUAAGGUCAGCUCCAGGGCUGGAGUGGGACGUCAGUGUUGUUGGGCUGUUCCAGGCGUCGAGCAUCUUCUGGAGAAAAAUGCUGAUGGUUAGGAAGCUGGGGCGCUUGGUGGUCCCAGUGCUGUGGGGACCAGCCUGUGGCUGUCACACAUCCAUCCUGCCCGUUCGUGUUCUGAGCACCUCCAUCCAGCAGACUCCAGCAGAUGCAGCCUUUCACUCUACCUCCUUCACUGAAGCAGACCAGCCACGCAUCUUAAUUACAGGAGGUCUUGGUCAGCUUGGAGUGGGGCUUGCUAACUUUUUGAGGAAACGAUUUGGGAAGGACAGCGUGAUUUUGUCCGACAUCAGGAAACCCCCAGACCACAUUUUUCAUAAUGGCCCAUUCAUUUACUCCGACAUUUUGGAUUCCAAGAACCUGAGGGAGACUGUGGUCAACAACCGCAUCAGUUGGCUGUUUCACUACAGUGCGCUCCUGAGUGCAGUCGGGGAAGCCGAUGUGUCCCUGGCAAAAGCUGUGAAUAUCACUGGACUGCACAAUGUUCUGGAUGUGGCAACUGAGCAUGGUCUGAGAUUGUUUGUGCCCAGCACCAUUGGCGCCUUUGGCCCUACGUCUCCCCGGAACCCGGCCCCUGAUCUCUGUGUGCAGAGGCCGAGGACUAUCUAUGGGGUGUCCAAGGUCCAUGCGGAGCUCAUGGGAGAAUACUAUUAUCACCGUUAUGGGUUGGACUUCAGAUGUCUGAGAUAUCCUGGGAUCAUUUCAGCUGACUCCCAACCUGGAGGAGGAACGACUGACUACGCUGUACAGAUUUUCCACCACGCUGUCAAGAGUGGCAGGUUCGAGUGCAACCUAAAACCUAGCACGAGGUUGCCAAUGAUGUACAUCGAGGACUGUCUUAGGGCUACCCUGGAGGUUAUGGAGGCCCCAACCAAGUCCCUCUCCAUGAGGACCUAUAACAUCAACGCCAUGAGCUUCACCCCUGAGGAGCUGGCCCAAGAGAUCCAUAAGCAUAUACCUGAGUUCCAGAUCACAUACAAUGUGGAUUCUGUCCGGCAGGCCAUAGCGGAUAGUUGGCCAAUGAACUUUGAUGACAGCAAUGCCCGGAAGGACUGGGGAUGGAAACAUGAUUUUGACCUUCCUAACUUGGUGACCACCAUGUUGAACUUUCCUGGUUUCCAUACCAGAGUUGCCCGAGCCAACUGAAGGAGUCAGAUGGAAAAACUCUUAUACCCUGGACAGAUGCCAAGGGAAAACCAUGAUGACCUCAGGAAUGAUAGACCACAAAGAAUCUAGAUUAUUUGAAAUUGAAAGACUCACUGGCCUAAAGUUUGGCUAUUCAUGUUGCAAGGCCAGAUGAGGAAUCAAAUUGGCUUUUGCAUUUUUCAAUGCCAUAGGUCUGGUGAUAGGACCUCUGCAUUUUUGCUCCUUCCCUAAAACUUGUUCACAAACGUAUCACAGAAUGAAGACUUCAGCCUUAAUAGUUUCCAUAAUCUUAAGAGGAAACAAAUAUUUCUGGGAAGAAAAAAGUAUUUGUUAUUUUUAUCAAAUUAAACUUAAAUAUCA